AAUGGGGCGCCGACUCGGCCCUGGAACAGGGCAGGGUUGCGGAGCCGGCUGCAGACUCUCACCGCGGCGGUGGGGCACGCUAGCAGUUCACGCGUUCGGUCCUUCUUGGCUGACUCGCCGCUCUAGCCGCCGCACCAUGGACGCCCCGAGGCAGGUGGUCAACUUUGGGCCUGGUCCCGCCAAGCUGCCGCACUCAGUGUUGUUAGAGAUGCAAAAGGAGUUAUUAGACUACAAAGGAGUUGGCAUUAGUGUUCUUGAAAUGAGUCACAGGUCAUCAGAUUUUGCCAAGAUUAUUAACAAUACAGAGACUCUUGUGCGGGAAUUGCUAGCCGUUCCAGACAACUAUAAGGUGAUUUUUUUGCAAGGAGGUGGGUCUGGCCAGUUUGGUGCUGUCCCCUUAAACCUGAUUGGCUUGAAAGCAGGAAGAUGUGCGGACUAUGUGGUGACAGGAGCUUGGUCAGCUAAGGCUGCAGAAGAAGCCAAGAAGUUUGGGACUAUAAAUAUCGUUCACCCUAAACUUGGGAGUUAUACAAAAAUUCCAGAUCCAAGCACCUGGAACCUCAACCCGGAUGCCUCCUAUGUGUAUUAUUGCGCAAACGAGACAGUGCAUGGUGUGGAGUUUGACUUUAUACCCGAUGUCAAGGGAGCAGUACUGGUUUGUGACAUGUCCUCAAACUUCCUGUCCAAGCCAGUGGAUGUUUCCAAGUUUGGUGUGAUUUUUGCUGGUGCCCAGAAGAAUGUUGGCUCUGCUGGGGUCACCGUGGUGAUUGUCCGUGAUGACCUGCUGGGCUUUGCCCUCCGAGAGUGCCCUUCGGUCCUGGAAUACAAGGUGCAGGCUGGAAACAGCUCCUUGUACAACACGCCUCCAUGUUUCAGCAUCUAUGUCAUGGGCUUGGUCCUGGAGUGGAUUAAAAACAAUGGAGGUGCCGCGGCCAUGGAGAAGCUUAGCUCCAUCAAAUCUCAAAUGAUUUAUGAGAUUAUUGAUAAUUCUCAAGGAUUCUAUGUAUGUCCAGUGGAGCCCCAAAAUAGAAGCAAGAUGAAUAUUCCAUUCCGCAUUGGCAAUGCCAAAGGAGAUGAUGCUUUAGAAAAAAGAUUUCUUGAUAAAGCUCUUGAACUCAAUAUGUUGUCCUUGAAAGGGCAUAGGUCUGUGGGAGGCAUCCGGGCCUCUCUGUAUAAUGCUGUCACGAUUGAAGAUGUUCAGAAGCUGGCCGCCUUCAUGAAAAAUUUUUUGGAGAUGCAUCAGCUAUGAACACAUCCUAACCAGGAUAUACUCUGUUCUUGAACAGCAUACAAAGUUUAAAGUAACUUGCGGAUGGCUACAAAAAGUUAACAAACACAGUCUUUUUCUUAAAUGAACAUGUUUGUUGUAGAUUCUUCUUUUUUGAAAGAACAGCCAAACAUCUACGGCUCUGUAAAGCUGGUGGGACCUAAUGUUCACCUUAAUUCUGACUUGAACUGGAAGCAUUUUAAGAAACCUUCUUGUUGCUUUUCUAACAAAUUCCUGCUUAUUUUGCCUUUGCUGCUACUUUUUCUAGUUAGAUUUCAAACUUGCCUGUGGACUUAAUAAUGCAAGUUGCAAUUAAUUAUUUCUGGAGUCAUGGGAACACACAGCAUAGAGGGUAGGUGCUUCUAAGUGCUGAAUCUAGACAUCUGUGGGGUCUCCUGGGUUCAGCGGCUGUUGAUUCAAGGUCAACAUUGAUCACUGAAGGAGCGGUUUAAGAGUACCAGGCAAAGGGCGAACUGUAGAUCGAUCUUUAUACUGUUAUCACAAGAGAAGUGACAUACUUUAUGCAUGUUUAUAUUAGCAAGGUCUGUUUUUAAUACCAUGUACUUUGUAUCUCUAUACAUUUAUAUUUCUAAUAAUACGGUUAUCACUGAUACAUGUAGACACUUUUAGAAUUUGUUAAAUCCUUGACCUUGUGCAUUAUUCCAUUAGCAACAGUUGCACCCCCUCCUCAGCCUUCCCCUUCCUCUUUUUAAGCUGUUUUAUGAAAAAGAUCUAGAAGUUCUUGAUUCAUUUUUACUGUUCUUUCCAGAGGUAGAAGAGAAAGUUGAUUGGUUGGUUGUUUUUCAAUUAUGCCAUUAAACUAAACAUUUCUGUUAAAUUACCCUGUCCUUUGUUCUCUUGACUGUUUUCUUUGUAAUGUUUGACGACGAGAGUGAUACUUUGCUGAAAAGUCUUUCCCCUAUUGUUUAUCUAUUGUCAGUAUUUUAUGAUGAAUAUGUAAAAGACAUUAAAGUCCUAAAACAUCUAA